UUCCUUCAAAGCGCUACGCCUCACAAACGCCGGCCAAGCCCGUUCGCCAUCGGCCUCCCCGACCAGGCCCGGCCCGGAGCGGCGGAGACGCGCCAUCACUGCGCAUGCGCGGCGGCAGCACGGCCACAGCUGCCGGGGAACGGCAGCGCUCCCGACCCGGGCGCGGAGCGGAGCGGCAUGGCGAGCCUGGUCCCCGCCGCCGCCUCCUCUCCCGCCGGAGCCGCGUCCCGCAGCAAGAAGCGCCCGGCGAGCCCGGGUACCGGCGGCGGCCCCGCUAAGAAGAAGAAGCCGACAGCGCCUGGCAGCUCACAGAGUGCAGGUGGAGAGGCUGUGAGUGAAAAUAAACUUCUGAACACAGACUCCAGCACAGGAUCAGUGGAAACUACUGCCAAGCCAUUACCAUUCAAAGACCCAAACUUUGUUCACUCCGGCAUUGGUGGAGCAGCAGCUGGCAAGAAGAACAGAACAUGGAAGAACCUAAAACAAAUUCUUGCUUCUGAAAGGGCAUUGCCAUGGCAACUAAAUGAUCCUAGCUAUUUUAAUAUUGAUGCUCCUCCUUCUUUUAAACCUGCUAAGAAAUACUCAGACAUCUCAGGACUUCCGGCAAAUUACACAGACCCACAGAGCAAGCUGAGAUUUAGUACUAUCGAAGAAUUUGCCUAUAUUCGGAUGCUCCCUUCAGAUGUGGUUACAGGAUACCUGGCUCUAAGGAAAGCAACAAGUAUUGUUUCCUGAACAGACUAAAUAUUCUUGUAUAUUGCUUGUGAACAGUGCUCAUUUGGUGGAAACUGACCGUAGGACUGAGAUUCUUUAAAACUACCCAUGGAUUUUUACAUCUGGAAGUAGUUGAUGAUACAGGCAUUUGAAGAACAUAUGGACUUAAUUUGCACAAAUGCUGAUAUUUGUUAGUUUGCCAAUUUGUUAGCAAUUUAGUUUGGUGAACAGAAUAGCUUAGACCAUAAGGAUAUGUAUCUGUACUAAAAUGUCUCAUGUACUAUAAUUUAUAUUAAUUUCUGUAAAGACAGGAUUUCAUCUCCACCCUGUAUAUUUUAUGUACUACCUUGGCACAGAAGAAACUGUCAUUUGAUUUAAGGAAAAGGUAACAAGAUAUCCAAAUGUCUAAACCUGCCUUACCAGAUGUGUUUGCCACUUGGCUAUAAAGUUGUCCCAUCUGUAAAAUGAAGCUGAAAUACCCAGCAAGUGCUGCUGUUGUGAUGACUUUUCAGGGUUCUGUGGCACUGUGGAAAUGAAGACACAAAUGUUUGUAUUUAAUUAACUGCCAACAUAAAUAAAGUUGGACUCAAACUUG